AUGACCUCAUCACCACCCACAGGCGUCUUCGUCCCCGUCCCAACCUUCUUCAAACCCGCAUCCUCCUCGUCCCUCCAAGCCGCAGUCGACGUCGAAACCCAGAUCCAGCACUCGAUCUUCCUCGCGCAAAAUGGCGUCCGUGGACUUGUCCUGCUCGGCUCGACGGGCGAGGCAAUCCACAUGUCGCGACAGGAGCGCAUCGAUGUGGUCGCUGGCGUGCGCAAGGGACUGAACGACGCCGGAUUCCCAGACUACCCGAUCAUGGCGGGGACUCUGAUCAACAGCAUCGACGAGACGCUGGAGUGGCUGGAGGACUUUAAGAAAGCGGGUGCGCAGUGGGGGCUUGUGCUUGCGCCGGGGUACUUUGGGGCGGCGGCGAGUCAGGAGGGGAUAAGGGAGUGGUAUACUAUUGUAGCGGACAAAAGCCCGUUGCCGAUUUUGAUCUACAACUACCCCGGCGUCACCAACGGCGUGACAGUCACGCCCGAAACAUAUCGCAUCCUCGCCCAGCACCCUAACAUCGUCGGAUGCAAAAUGUCGCACGCCGUCGUCUCAUGGCACAACCAAGUCUCGCUGGACCCCAAGAUCGACCACGGCAAAUUCAAAGUCUACAGCGGAUUGGGCCAGCAGCUCGCUCCCAUCGUCUUCUUCGACGCCGCAGGUGUGAUUGACGGGCUGGCGGCGAUAUACCCCAAGACCGUGUGCACGCUGAUGAAGCUUGCGGAAACACGGCCCAUCACUGAUAAGAAUCUCAAGAGGAUUAAGGAACUGCAGUACACGGUGAGCACGACGGAGGAGUUUAUUGGCAAGUAUGGCAUUGUGGGGAUUAAGGAGGCGGUGAAGAGAGUCACGGGAUAUGGCACGAUGGAGGGUGGAAGACUGCCGAUUAAGGGUAAGCUGCCAGAGGGUGAGUGGGAGAAGUGGAGUGAGGUUUGGGAGAGGAUACAGAAGAUGGAGGAUUCUCUGGGUGAGAAGGAUUUCAAGUGAAAUAUUGGAAUACAGUCAGUUUUUCAAGUCGCAAAAGCAUAUGCCGCGAUUGCCUCUACAUGUCCUGACAUGGGUGAGAGGAACAUUGAACAACCAAGGAGCCCUCAUCUCUAUUUAAUAUGCGUCUUACCCCGCACCACGAGGUUCCGCAUCAAUUUGUAAGCGCUCUCUUCAGCUCUUAGCACGUUUGGACAGGAACUUUUCUAUUGUACGCCAGUCUGGAUAGAUUUGAAUACAUACAAACCUUACUGUUACU